GUCAAGACGGAUGUCUAUCUGGGGGUACCGACGGCAACAUUUAGAACGUCAACGCGGCAAUUUUCCAAUUUUCAUUUGCAUUUUUUUGAGUGCUCUGAAACGAUUUCUGCUAAAAUUCGCUACGGAUAGCCUUCUAGAGUCUAGUAGAAUACAUUUCAAUAGUUGCCUUGCGUGGUCAUGUUAUCAUUACUCGGACCAAAUUCUCUUAUGAGAGCCUAAAGGCAUAUCUAGGAGUGCUUUUUAUAUUCUUAUUAUUAGGAUGGAAGCUGCUAUUAUAUACAGACCAAGCCCUCAAGACUUAGUCAAACAGGAAGUGGCAAUUAAAGAAGAAAUUUCAGAUGAGAUUGACAAAAAAUCUACUAAAAACUGUGAUAGGAUAGAGACUGAGCAAGUAAAAUCAGAGAAUAUGGAUUUUGCUGAAGGUGUGGCAGAUUAUGUGAAAACCGAAGACCUGCUCAUUAUAGAAACAACGGAACCAAAGGUAGAAACAAGGGAAGAUACUGCAGACUACGAAAGUGAUGCAACAGUUAACUCGGAUGUCAUACUAGAAAGCCCUGAUUGGUUCUGAGAAACCGCUUUUGCUGAUGUAAAUGCCAGGUGAAAUAGAGGCCAUUUAUUAUUUUAUCAUUUUGAAUUACUGUAGGAUGAUGUCUGAACAUAUGAAGAUGGAAAACUUGAAUAAAAUUGAAGCAAAUACGGACGCAGCUGUUGUGAAGACCGAGAUUGGAGAUGUAGAAGCUAAAGUCAAAAUUGAAACCCCAGAUACAUAUACAAAUAUGGUCAAUGUACCUUUGGAUCUUAAGCAGCUGACUGGGGAAUUCAGUAUCAAGGAGGAAAAUGAUGUCACAACUGAUGCAGUUCGGGACGGCACAUGGAAAGAAGACUGUUCUCCACCGACUGUUUCGUCAAACGUGAAGACAGAAAAUUCCACGAGGCUAGCAAGAAUAAACAGAAGAUCGACCAGAGAAGAUGCAACAAAAAAGCAAUGUCCACGAUGCGAUGUUACCACUACAAAACAUAUUUGGCUAGACGAACAUAUCAUCAACAAUCAUGCUGAUUUAAUUUCCACAAUUAAUCGUCAAAUAUACAGAUGUCCAAAUUGCGUAUACAAAACGGCCUUCCAGAGCAGACUAGUCAGUCAUUCAAAGACAAGGUGCGAUGUAUUGAACGCGAAGCGAAAAGCCUGCGUACAUUGUAAAGGAACAUUUAAAACAACCAAUGCACUUAAUGAUCAUAUAUUGCAAAAACAUCCGGAUUUCAUAUCUUCAGUUACAAAUAAAAUCCACGUGUGCAAAGAUUGCGAGUACAAAACUACGGUAAAGGUUUGUUUCGAUCGACAUACUUUGGAACAUCUCGAGAAGAGACCGUUCAAAUGUCCGCAUUGCGUUUGUACGUUUAAAAAAAAAUCCGUUUUGGAUAACCAUAUACUGAGGGAACACCCGGACUUCACCUCGACAGUUACACGUACAAUUUUCGAAUGUAAAAAUUGUACGUACAAAACUACUUCGAAAACGUAUUUGCGCAAACAUAACCGUGUGAAACAUUCCCGAUCUUCUAACGAGCAAUCCAAGUGUCCACAUUGCACCGUCACAUUUAAAAGCAAGUGUUCCUUAGACGAUCAUUUAUUGAGGACACAUCCCGAGUUUUGCAAGUCCGUUACCAGCAAAAUACACGCUUGCGAAUUUUGCGAUUUCAAAACGACCAGAAAAGAUCAGUUGGAAAGACACAUGCUGAAACACCCGGAUGAUGAAAAGCCUAGCGUUUGUAAACAUUGCGUGAAAAUUUUCCCUAGCAUCCGCACGUUGAACGAUCACAUAUUGAAAAAACACCCUGAUUUUAUCGAUUCGAUUACUUCCGAGAUAUACGCGUGCGCGAAUUGUACGUUCAAAACUGCUUUAAAGUAUCAUAUAAUCAGGCAUAUGCGCGCGUGUUUCGUGUCUUUUCCUCACAAACUGAAAAAGUGCGAGCAUUGCGACACCACGUUUCGAUAUAAAGACAGUUUUGACGAACACAUAGUGAAACAGCAUCCUGAAUUUACCGCGUCUGUAUCAAGAAAAAUAUACGAAUGUCCAGUGUGUUUGUACAAAACUACUCGUUCGAGAAGGUUCAAUUCGCACAAAUUGAAGCAUCCUGAAACGUUUUCCGAUUGCAAACUUAACGUUUGUCCGCAUUGCGGCGUUUCUUAUCAAUCGAAAGCGUCGUUGGAUGAUCAUAUUUUGAAAAAACAUCCGGAAUUCGAAGCUUCCGUUUCGAGUAAGAUACACGCCUGUCCGAAUUCAAAUUGUUCGUAUAAAAGCACGGACUCCGGUAAUUUGGUCAAACAUAUGCUGAAGCAUCCGGAAAACGCGUCUAAGAUCAAGUUCACGAAUUGCGAACAUUGCAGCUGCUCGUUCCGGACCAAGAGGGCGUUAGGCGAUCAUAUUUUCAGGAAACACCCGGAAUUUUCGUCGUCGAUUUCGGGUAAAAUACACGAAUGCGCAUACUGCGCGUAUAAAACUACAAGGAAGUGGUUCUUGGACGGACAUUUGUUGAAAACGCAUCCGACUUCGAGCGAAAACGCGGCGUUCACCAAGUACGAAUGCGAAUUUUGCCCGUUCAAAACCGUAUACAAGCGAAACUUGGCUGUACACACGCGGAAACACCGGGAAGCUAAACCUAGCCCUCAGGUUUUCGCGUGCAAGUAUUGCAGUGCUGUUUAUCGUCGCGUCGACACGUUCAACGAGCAUGUAGUGAAAAAGCAUCCGGACAAUGUUGACACGAUAACAAUCAAAUUGCACGAAUGCAAGAUGUGUUCGUUCAAAAGCAUUUUCAAACAAAAGUUUACGGAGCAUAUGUCGAAAAAACAUAAUGAUUCGCGAAUGGGUAAAUAUCAGUGUAAAAGCUGCACGUACAGCGCUACAGACAGACCGUGGUUAGAGGAGCAUAUAUUGAAAAAUCAUCCGGAGUUAAUUUCAUCGGUAGUUUCCAAGGCGUGAAAUGUGUAAAUCAAUACGACAUUUUCAGAAAAUGUAUAGGUAGCGUCUUUAUUAAGGUUUCUUUUGCUCUACAGUAUAUUCAGAUAAGAGAUAGACCGGACAUAAACAAGACCACGUGAUCAUCGAACGCUAUAACAUUCGGCAGGGACGUAUUAAGAGUCACGCAGUACAUAUUUUAGAUAGUAGAUGCUGCUUUGCGUAACUUUGUAGUAAAUUAGCACAAUUCGAUGUGUAUACGAUUGGUGAUGGAUAUAGGAUCAUGUGGGGGUGGGGUAAGAAAUAUAUAAUGAUGUAAAUAUACAUAAGGGUUUCAAAAUUUUCGCUUCGAUUUCCAGCUUCGGAUGCCGCCUGAUGUUUGGUGA